AUGGCGCCACCGCCGGCCUCGUACCCCUCGCCGCACCGGCCGGCGCUCCGGCCGGGCAGCCUGCAGCGCCUGCUCCGCCCGCCGGACCCCUCCGACACCGACGACGCCCCCACCCCGCGCUCCCGCUCCCGUGCCCGCUCCAACGGCCGCGUCCUGCUCCAGGUCACCAACAUCACGCCGGCGCUCACCGGCGCCGACCCAUUCUCGGGCCACCAGGGCUUCUACCUCCGCCUCUCCGACUCGUCCCGCUCCUGCUACGUCUCCCUCCACGCCGACCACGACGACCUCAUCCUCGCAAACGGCCUCCACAUCGGCCAGGUCAUCGAGGUGGACCACCUCAUGCCUUCGGUCCCAGCUCCCGUGCUCCGCAGCUUCCGCGUCCUCCCGGGCCGGUACCCCUGCAUCCAGCACGACUCCACGGACGACGACGUCGACGCCGAUGCCUGCUCCGCCCGCGCCGAGGUCAAGGACAAGGAGGUCGUCUCUGAGCGCCCGCGUCCGCACAGGCCCUCGCCGACGCCGCCUCUCCCGGAGAGGAAGGCGUGGCAGUCCGGCUCCCCUGCCACGAUGGGCCACGGCCACAGGUCGCGGUCGUUCACGACUCUGUCCGAGGCGUGCGCGGCGGCGGUAAAGCCGGUGAGAAGGAGCGAGGGGGAGCGGAGGGGCGCCGAUUUCCUGAAGAAGGUCAGGAAGAUCAGCGCUGCGUCCAUCGACGGCAACAGCAGCGACGUCGACGAUGACGAGGACGAGUCGGACGUCUCGUCGUCGAUUUCCACCACGAGGAGGAACUGGGAUUUCACCGGCAGCAUAAGACCCGUCGCCCCCCGGAGACGCAGCAACAGUAUAUCUCCAGGGAGAUCAGGCCCAAACCAGAGCGGCACGGCGAAUGACCCACUGGAGUCGGUGAGAAGGAAAGCCGAGAAGGCAUUUAAGGUGCUCUCCAAGAGGAGCGCGCACGCCUCAAGCAAGACGCCCAGAGAGAGCUCCAGCGCGGCGGGGACACCGCGGAGCACCGGUGCGACGAGCGGGAUCCGGUGGUGCGAGGACAAUGUGCUGUGGAGCUCGCUCUCCUCGAGCUUAACGAGGCAUGGGAAGGAGGCAGUGAAGCAGAGAGACAUGGCGCUGCAGACUGUGCUUGAUGGACUGCUAGAGGCAUCCACCACGGAGAAGUUGAUAAAAUGCUUGAGUACAUACUCUGAACUGCAAUCUGACAAGGACGACGACCCAAAGGAGCUCAUCGACAGGUUCUUGCGCUUCUCCCAAGAACUGGACCAUGCCAUCUUCGUCGCUCAAUCACAGACCAGGCUUCGUCAAGCCAAGUCAGGUGGUUCCAAUUCGACCUCCUCGGCUUCGGCCAAGGCUGCCAUGAAGGCCGCGCUGGACAGGAAACAGUCCGCCAUCUCAUGGGUCAGAGCAGCCAUUGAAGCCGACCUCUCACCUCUCUCCAGCCAUACAAGAGUCACCUCUGAAUCCGCAAAGCCAUCGCCGUCUGAAUCAAGGCCUGGCACCCCACGGCUCUGCUGUUCCAAGACAAAGUGCAACUGUAACAGCAAGUCCUCCUCGAGGAGCAACCUGAGUGCCGCCAUGGACCUGGCCGUCGCGCUGCGGUCGGAAUGCAACCGGUGGUUCCUCAAGUACAUCGACAAGUUCCUGGACGACGUCGAGAACGAGGCCGGAUACACGACGACGUGCGAUUCGCAGGUCGCGGGGCUUCUGCAGCAGCUCAAGAGAGUGGACGACUGGCUCAACCAUGUGGUGCGGCACGAGCGGAUGCUUCCGGGGCCGGGAGACAGAAGCAGCAGGGACUGCGUGUUUUCCGAGGAGGAGGAGAACGAUGCGUGCGAGAGGGUUCGGAGGAAGAUAUACGGGGCGCUCCUAAGGCAUGUCCAGUAUGCUGCGACAGCGCUAGAGAGCAUGAAUAGUGUAGUAACUGAAGAGGAGAAUUAGUUGCUAGUGGCAGUAACUAGGUAAGCUCUAGACAGAGACAGAAUGGACAUUUUUCAGACGUUAAUGUAAGUGGAUCAUCGUCACACAUCAAGUAACAUGAAUAAGUGUCUACUAUGACUGAGGGAGCUCGAGCCACAGAAAGAAUGGGCAUUCAAGGAGGUGUUCUGGAGGUUAUGGUAACUGGCCAUUGAAAAUCAUACCGGUUUGAACGAAGUUUGUGCAAAUUUAGCAAAUUUUACUCGGAUUUAAGCGACUUCCAAAUUUUGUUUGAAUAGUUGGGUGGUAAAAUUACCGGCGGUAACUGGUGCCCCUGUAUAUUUUCUGCCCUUCCGGCCUUCCUUUUUUCCCCAGUGUUGUUAUGAAGUCAUGCAUACAUUCAAAUGUCAACACAGUUAAUAAGUUAGAGUUACAAAUCAUAACCCUGUGACAUGAAAAAGAAA